UUACUCAUCCACCACACAAUUGUAUCUCUGUGUGGGUGUACACUAUUCCCAACAUUGGUUAUCUGUCAAAAAGUUAUUGAAAAAUUUUCACUUCGCUCGAUCUUAAGCAAAAAUCGUCUCGCAUUCGUCGUCCCACACGCACGGGGAAAUCAGUGUCCUGAUGAUAUAAGGCAAAAGAGAGGAGCAGAAGAAGAAGAGUGUGUGUGAGAGCGAAAGCGCGUCGGAAAUCCUGUGUUGUAAGUCCGAAGUGAGUGAGUGCACAAGAAUAUCGGGUAGCAGCCAAGCGAGUAAAACUGGAGCAGCAAAGUGGAUCAUUCCUAGAUCGCCGUGUGGAGCAGUGCAAGCAGCCAGAAGCUUUUCCCGAUAGGAGCUAGCCCCUGGUUUCGUCCGAGACUAGCCGCCGCUUCCAUCCGAGUUCGACCAGCAAUAUCGGCGUGAGGGAAACGCACCGGAUGUUUCAUUUUUUUGAUGAAAUCGGGUCAAUAAUCACCAAGAUGGAGUGCAAAUUGAUUUCGCGAUACACGCCGCUGUUCGUGCUAUUUUUAGCAUCACUAGUGAAUGCACAAACAGUAGGUCGUAAGCGGGAAAUUGACAAUUUAUAUCAAACAUUCUAUUACGGAGACUCGAAAGCCGAGGUUGGUAAGCCUUUCUCGAUCUCGUGCAUUAUAUCGAUCGCCGAUCAGGUUGAGUGGCACAAGGACGGCGAACCCAUCCGACAGCAUUCCAAUAUUCGACACGGCAAAGACGAGCAUUCCUACUUCAUAAGCGAGAUGGGAAUCGCAGGCAAUUCGGCCAAAGUCGUAGCAACGAUUAGUGUUCAACGUGCCCUUCCGAAACACGAAGGCCGCUAUAAGUGUAAUUCAUUGGACACAAACUCUUUCAUGCUGGAAGUCCAUCGGAACUCGUCUUCCAGAGCCAGUGGCACCAGCGGUAGCAGUGGUGGGAGUGGCGCUGGCAGUCACGAAAGCACCGGUCGGAAGAUGGUGGAACCAAUGCUGGACAAAUUGGACGAGCCUCUUGUUGGACCACAGCUUCUGGUGACCAUGAAACCAACAUUGAUUACCUCAAUAGCAGAAUCACACUAUCCGCUUUCUACCGCUGGCUCGUUAAUGCCCUUCAAUGAACACAGCGUUGUACAGGAUAUGGACCAAAGGCAGCAACAACAUUCCCAGCAUCACCACCAUCACCAUCCACCGGUGAACAAUAAAUCUGGUAAAUCCGACGACAAACAAAAGUUCCAGCAUGCUUUCAAAGCAGACUCGGUUCGAUUCAUGAAUAAAAAUCAGGAACAAAUGGAAAAAGAAACCCAAACCCAUCCGAACGCUGGAGGGGACCCGUACGAAAACGACCAACUGCUCGGCGGUAAAGUUAAUAAGGCUACCGACGAAGAUGAAUAUCCCAGUACAGCGGAGAGUCACAGCAGAAAUAUCAGCAACAACAAUGGCAGGGAUAACGGUAAUGAAGAUGCUGUUGAAAAUAAGCGUAAUGAGCAGCGAACCGUUGUUGACGCCUUGGAUAAUACGGGCCGCGCUGCUCAUGGCGUCAUUCCUCCGAUACGGGAAGAAGAAAAUGCCGAGAAUGAUGAUGACGAUGAAAGCCCAAUCACAGCGGAUGAUAGCGUUCAAGAGCUUGAAAACGACGGUAACGAUAAUGAGAAAAUCGUCCCGUACGAAGAUGAUUCUAUUUUCAUUGAAAGCAGAGGCUCGAUCGAGGACAGUAUCGAUACACUGAUACACAACAAAAGCGAGAUUAAUGGCGUUAUCCGAGUUGAAAGUGACGAGGAUCCCUAUCACCGCCAACGAAUGGACUUGAGAGAGCUUGAACGACUUCGAGAGGAGAAAGCAGUACUCGUUGCCGAGGUUCCAACUGCCAGCACUUCUACGACGGCUCUGAUGAUCGUGCACAAUACUACCCUGCUAGUGACCACAACAACUGCGGUGAUGACCACUCCAGCAAGUACAACCGCGAAGCAUGUGGAACCGGUACACGGCCAUGGUAGUGAAGGACAGCAACAUCACCAUCAUCACCACCACGAUCGUGAACAUCAGGAGAAACAACACCAACAGCAGCAGCACUCGACGACUGCGGUUCCAGAUGUCUUACACCCAAACUACGACGAUCCUAGCAAUAACCUAAAGUACUACGAUAUUGCGAAAGCGCUGACGCUUGGUUGUAACAUCACGAAGGAGGGUGAUUAUGAGUUAAGUUGGUCAAAAGACGGUGUCAAUGUAAGCGAGAUCGAAUCGCUAAAGGGUCGGCUCAGAAUACUGAAAGAUGAGCGUAAAUUCAUAAUCACCAAGACGCACGAAAGCGACGCCGGCUCCUACACAUGUAGCGUGCGAGCACUGAAUGCAUCUAAAACUUUUAAUGUAGUAGCAAAUGUUAUGGUUAAAUUUGAAAGCACAGAAAUAGGAAAAACAAACAUUGUGGAAGGCGAAACACUAUCGCUGCACUGUAUAGCGUACGGAUCGAAUCCAAGGAUAACCUGGAUAAUCGGUAACACCAGCUACAGCACGGGGACAGAGCACAUCCUGCUGGAGGAAGACGACAAAGGUGUCGAGAAUGCCCGGCUAACCAUUAAGAGUAUCGCUCUCAGUGACUAUAACGAUUACACCUGCGAAGGCCGGAACAACGCCACAGAUAUCACGGGUAAACCGGCACAAAUCACGAUGACCGUUAGGAUUAGAGGAAAAUACGCCGCGCUCUACGUUUUCAUUGGUAUCAUUGCCGAAGUUAUACUGUUAUGUCUGAUCAUUUUGAUAUGCGAAAGAAGAAGAAACAAGACGGAAAUUGAGGAAAGCGACACCGAUCAGAGUCCGGACCAGAGAAGGAGAAAAAGUUCGCGAAACUAUAACUAAUAACAAAUUCCAUAAGAGAAAUUCAUUAAGAAGUUGUUAUUAAAGAAAAUUUAGCUAUAAAAAAAAGAAGAGCAAUGAAGGGAAGAAGAUUAUUAUACUUACUAAAACACGAUGGAAAAUGCCGGUAAAAGAUACCUUACUAACUAAUCCUAGCUACAGACAACUUCUCAACAGUUGCCAGGAAUUCAAAUAAGCAAGUGAGUUCAAUUAACUUGAAAGGAUUGAGAUUGACUAAAUGAAGAUGCGGACUAACCACGAAGAUAGCUCAAGAACUAUCACUCGGCGCGUUCAAGUCAAUGAGAAUAAAGCCCACCAGACAAUUCAUUCGAGCAGAUGAACUAAACCAAUAAACCCCAGGAAUACCAAGAAAUAAAUCGAAGCAAUUGAACUCACUGACGAAACCAUACAAGGUGGAAGCCAAUUGGUCUCCAAAUUCGUUUACAAAACCCAAAGGGCAAAAAAAUAUCCCAAACCCUUUUUGAGGAUGAAAACAAAUAAAAAAUAAGAAAUAUAUGCCACUGCUGCCCUCAUCAAAAAAAAAAAAUAAAACAAAAAUCAACGCAUCCCAAAAUGCGGACCAAUGAUGGAUGACCGCAUCCUAGCCGCGAUCGGCUGCUUAAAAAAAUUGAAAGCUUUAAAUAAUUUAAUUCACGAUUUCUCUGUGAUCAACAUCGACUGGUUGAAGAUUUUGUACUUCCAAACAACAAAUCUGGCCACUAGAAACAAGUCUCGAUGACUCGACGAUACGCUGGUUGGGAUCGCCGGUCAUCUCUGCGUUGGUGACCGCACAUGGGUCUAAAUUUUCAGCGUAGGUACCAAUCCAAAACUAUAUGAGAGAAAUGUUUUACGAUCAACAAAAAUGAUGAAGUGAACAAGAGUAAAAAAAACGUCAUCUUAGUGAACAAUAUGUAAAAUUAUCAUCAAACCAAAGUAGUAGCUUAAUAACGCCGUUUGUAUAGGAUAAAAAAUAUGAACAUCGCAAAAACACUUUUUUGUAUGAAAAUUAAGAGAAAAAUAAUACACGCUAAGUUAAACUAGUUAUUAAAACUAGGCGAAAAAAGACUAACCAAGGGUAUCACGUAGAAAAGAACAAAAAAACGCGAUUAAAAAUACUAGCCUAUGAAAAAUUGAACCAAUGGCGCGCAUUGACCCAUCGCAGAAAAAAACAAACAACACAAUCACAUGAGUAGCAGUGUUGCCAGUCGGUCACAAAUCUUUUUAUCGGAAGCGGCAGCAUUCCGCCCGUUUGCGUUCGAAUGUUUGACACGGGAUUCGAUUUAUCGCUUGAGCUGCCACGAGAGUUUCUAUCUACGAGGAAGGAGGUUUGUGUCGUCAAAAAAAACUGUGACGUUAAAAUGUGCGUUUCGCUUGCGAACCAAUGCAACAAGCUAAGAAGAUCCAACAAAGAUCCGCUCGGACUAGUUUAAUAUUACAAAAUGUAGUUCAUUGCGUAGAAACAUUUACGAGUGGAAACAAAACCAUAUUUUCACUCUAGAGUGUUGAUUUGGCGAACAUUUUCGAGUUGAUGUGAGCUAGAACUAAUAGAACAAGCAUUUUCCCUCGAACGGUGGUGGUUUGAUUCUGGGAUAUUUUUGUACUUGAAAAUAGACACUCCAUGCGAAUAAAAGAAAAAGAAUUACAAAGCAACACUACAAGACACAAGCAAAAAUUGGGAGUGUUCUUCGUCAUGUAAAUACUGUAAUAUACUGAAUAAUCUUAUCAGAGCAUGCACGAAAACAGUACCGCGGUUGAGAUAGUUUUUCAUUUCCUCUCAGUGUGUAACUUUCGACUCUUCUGUUGUAUCGGCUAGGAGUGAUCAAUUUUUGACUAGAGUAAUAAUAGUUGCGUUGCAAAUACACAUGGAGAUUUGUGAGAUAAUUUCUACUCGUUACUAGCAGACUAGUAGUAUUCGAUCUAAUUAAUACUAACUAAAAAAAUGAGAAAAUGUAAUACACGCUGUGCUGUUCUAGUCUGACAGCAUUACGAGGCGGGAAACCGAAAGGAAAUCUAAUGAAAAAUUAAGAAUACGCUUUAUCUAGAUGAAAUUUUAAAAUACACCGAAAAACGAUUAGAUAUUUUUUUGUUUUCUGUAUAGAGUUUAAGGGAGUAAGUGAAAUCAAGCUUGACUAAACAAGCUAUGCGCUAGAUUUGUCCGGAAUCGAAUUAAAGUCAACAUACAUUGCGCUUCUGUCGAUAAAUUUCCCUACGUGUAGGUGGAUCUUUCAAUUACUAUUUUUGUCUGACUAGCUUCUUCUUCUUCUUUGUUUUUAAGAGGCUUUAAACUUUGCAGUUCAUUCGCCUCUAAACUCUGACUAGCUCUGUUAGCUUGCUCUAAAAAAUGGACAUUUUUCGGAUGGCGAUAAAAAUACUAAAAAUAAUUUGAUGGGACAAAUUUUCCAUAAAACAUAAUUUCAUUGACCGCGUUACAAAAAUAUUUCGACGCUCUGUCUGGCGGCCUUCCUGCAUUUGGUCGAAAUUUUCGUCAUUGUUGCCGAAAAAAUUUCACAAAACAUACUUGUUGGUAUGUUUUUCAGUUCUUUCUUAGCUUUAUUUAUUACUUUCUCCUCCGUUUUCGUCACGAAAUUGUUGGAGUACACCCUCCGCUUCGGAUUUUCCCAGAAAUUCUCGUUUAGAGGGUUGGUGAACUUCGGAACAACAUCUAUCUUCAGGAGGCGAUCUGGCGUAGUGGUAACAUCCAUGCCUCUCACGCUAAAGGUCACGAGUUCAAUUCUCACUCCCGAAAUUCUUCCAAAAAUGGAAGUAAAAGUGACGAACCAGCCAAAUGAGUUGAAAGUCACUGUAAUUCAGAUAAAAAAAAAAAAAAAAAAAAAAAACAUCUAUCUUCAAGCGGUUCAUCUCCUCCAGCGACUUUUUCGAGAUAUGUAAGAAGUCGGUUGCAUUGAAGUAUAUAGUGUAGGAUAUAGCAACUAUCUUCAAUAUCUUCGCACCCGUGUCCUGAACCUGGGUACUACCACCCUGCUGCUUAUAGGUUCCCACUUCAAGAGUGCCGAGUGGGUUUGCACAUUGAGCAAGAAGCCAACUCCACGGAGGUGUGGAGCGUUGUCACCACGUAUGCCAGACUAUAGUAGUACAUGUCUCGAAGGUAGCCAGUGUUCUCCAAAGUUUGGCCAAUGAAUUUCACUUCAAUUCGUGUCCAUUGUUUCAUGCCAAAAGUCGUUGCCAGGAAACUUUAUAAUAGAUUGUUGAUUUUUUAUGCAGUGGGUUAUUAGCCCGAGAACCUUAUCUUCUGCGGCGGGAUUGUCAAUAUAGAUGUAACUUCGAGGGAAAGGCAUUUCAUAUUCAGCAUUCAUUUAGCGCCACCUGAACCGCGGGAAAGUGAACAACCUUACAAGUCCAUGACGACCCUGACCGGAAAAAAAUCAUUCUCGAUCAUUUUCAGCCUUUGUUUGUAGGUCGUAGCUUGCUGCUCCGACAUGGUCGGUCUUGAUUUACGUUUCCUCAUGAUGAUGCCCAUCUCCGCUAGAUAUUAUUUCACUGUCUGGUCCGUCGCUCCGACCUUCCCAUAACCCAUAGCACGGACCGAUGUAGUCACCAUUUCCUCCGUCUUCUGCUCUAGCUUCAGCUGCUGUCUACGAUCGUGUAGCACCGUCGGACGGCCGGACCAAGGUUCCGUUCAAUGCACUCAUUCUUUUCCAGAAGUGUUAGGAUAUUAUAGAUACCAGAACGGACGUAUUCGGCGGACUGAAAGUAGUUAACAAUAUCCACUUUCAACGCAACGGGAUGGAACUCCCAGUACGCACACACCAUGGAGCGCAGUUGCAUUACUUUUUUCGCUUUAACUUCCGCAGUUCAACUAAUAGCGUUGUCAAAUUUCAUUUGAAAACUCAUGGGCUAUUAAGAUUGAAGCGGCACUAGUGGUCUCAUCAUUAAGUGUUAAGGUGAAGACAUUUAAAAUUUAUCCAUUUUUUAAUGCAUGCGUUAGUCGAGACUUCAACAGCUUUCAAAUACAUUUCCUAUAAGGGUAUGCAUAGUUGUCGUGCGUCACAUGAUUCACCUAUAGAUUAAAUAAUCAAGUGCAAACAUUCAAUCAAGUCGCACUUUUCAAUGCGACAUGGAACAUAAUACCCAACUUUCAAUUGUUGUGCAAAUGAGAUAAUUCUCUUUGCAGCAUAGAAAUUUUUGAAAAAUGUCGAAUCGACCAAAGGACCGGUAUUUCAGUAGUGUUUUGCUAGUGUCUGCGGCACCCAAUUAGCAACUAGCAAGAGCACUAUCGCAUUAUUCUACUGACCACUCUUCCAUUAUUUAUCAAAACCAAUAAGUUCUACCCUAAAACGAAUAAUAUCGAAAGUAAAGCAGAUUACAUACCAGUUGGAUUGAACGUAGUCUCCAACUAUACUAAACAAAGUUUUGGUGAAUACAUUAAUGUUGUUCUUUAAAGUUAACGAAAAUGUGUUGAGUUACUGUCAAUUGUUUUAUUCCACAACUAUAGAAAACUAUUUUCCGUUGAUUCUAUAAACAAACUUAUUUCUUGUGUUGAUAAUCUUCAAAUCAUUAUUUUGCUCACUUUAUAUUGUAUGUCAACUUGAGAUGUGAAAUUCAUUAUAACAAAACAAAAGAGUGCUCCAAUGUUCCUCUUGUUCUAGGAAUACUUAAAGUAUUGAUUUUACAAUGCUUCGGAGUGUAUGGAAAGUAUCAUCUUGAAUAACUUCUAUGCUAUCGUCGAUCGCCUCCACACUGUUAUUUCCCUUCCACGUUCCCCACCGGUUGAUGUACGGUGUGACACAAGCAAACUUUCUCGGAGAAGAUCCGGUGUAAAUAUUGGUAAAACAAACCCACACCGUUGGGCCUCACUGUGCCCCGCUCGACCACCCGAGGACAUAUUUUUUUAUCGGUGGUGAACAUAACAGCGAUUGACAAAAACAAGAAAAAAUAUAUUUCACGCAUCUCACUACACACUUACUAAAUUCUUACACGAAUUGAUGUUUCGAGUAACACACCCAUAACACGAGGAACUUCGCAAAAUGUUUCAAUCAAAAUAACCACAUUCGAUAGACGUAAUGAAUAUUUGCAAAUAAAAAAAAUUAAAACAAAACAUAAAUAACUAAACUUACAACGUGAAAAUGCUGCACUUCCCAAAACAUAAACGAAAAACAACCAAGCAUAAAACAAGCAGGCAAGACUAAAUGCAUUGUAAAAUUGCUGAAUGAAAGAUGAUAAGCAAACACACAUUUUUAGAAGCACGAAGUUGAUCAACCAAAUAAAUUAAGGCAUAUACACUAUAAGAAAGAAAAAAAAAACCGGGGGAAUAAAUGAUGCAACAGACAAAAAUGAUAACGAUUAACAACAGAAGCAUUUGAUUGUUUAUUAUUCCCUGUAAAAUCCAGAGUUGUUGAAUUAUUACUUAAUAUCACACAUUUUGCUAGUUGUUGUAAGCGGAGUGACGAGAAAAAUGUGGAAGUAAACUAAUCAACUAUUGAAACUCAGUUGGAACCUAUAAACAAGAACCACAGUGAAUCAAUUCAAACAAAACAUAACAUUGAUACCCUACGUCUAACGAUUAUAACGUCGGUAGGGCGAUUUGUCUGAGUUUGUGAAAUUUUCGUACGUAUUUCGUAUAAUUUAGAUAAUGAAAAAAAAUAGAUAAAGGUAAUGUCAGCUAUUUACCAGUUCAGUUUAAUCUUACAUCUAUAGAUAUAAAUAAUGUACACGUAGACUUUUACUUGGUGCGUAAUAUCAUCGGUUCAUUGUAUCUUUACGAGAAUGGUUCAUUUUCAGCAGACAAAACACAAAAUGCAACAAACCAAACCAGAUUGAAGAAAGAACACAACACAAAACAUGCCGUUUGGAGGAGAAAACAGACAGGAAAUCGUAGAAUAUUUAAUAAAAUCUGAGAGACAAAGAAAUGGGGAACUACAGAUAUUGUUAUGUAUAAUGUUUGACCAAUAAAAAGUGAACAGUUGAUUUAAAAUA